AUGAUGAUUCGUUAUUCUAAUAUUUAUAUCUUUGCUUUAUUUUUCAAUUUCUUAUUUGUUUCUUUGUUUGGAGUACCAACGAACUACGAAAUUCACGCAAUCAACGUUAAAACUUUUGCUAACAACGAUAAUUUCAAGAUUUCGUAUGCCGAUGGCCGACUAAAGUUAUCAAAAUCUACUGAAAAAAUUUCCAUUAUUAACGACAACGAUAGUGAGCAAAGUGACAUUUUGUUGGCAUCGAACGAUUACAAAAACAGCAUCCCAGAACCUCACUACUCUGUCUACUAUCAAAAUAACGACGACUUUAUUGAUCUUAAUUUCUAUGAUAUAAAUCAUCUUAAAUAUGAAUCCAGUUGCCUACUUCAUUAUAAUCAACGUUUCGUCUCGAUCAAAAUAAGUUCGCUUGAAGGAAAGGAAUUUUGGCCGGGUGAUGAAAAUUUCAGCUUGGGGAACGAUCCGGAAACUUUAGUUGAAAUUCAUUUGAGAAAUUGUCGAUUUAUUGUGGGAGCUUUCAACCUAUUGGUGACUGAUCCGGACAACGCGUUUCUUAAGGAUUUUGUUAUGGAAUAUGUGAAAUUAGGCGACUCGUUUACAUUUUAUGUGCGUCCUGGUUGGAAAUUUGAACCUUGA